GUCGCGUGGUCCCCGCGCGGCUCCAUAUUGCGGCGGCACCGGGGUCGGGGGGUUCCCGGCGGGGCUCGGGGGCGCGCAGAUGGCGACGCAGGUGGAGGCGCUGCUGCCCGGCACGGCCCCGCUGCUGCCCGCCGAGGAGCGCGCCCUGGUGCUGAAGCCGCCGCAGGACGGCGGCCGGGAGAAGGGCGAGCCGCCCAUGGGCCCCGACGGCGGGCCGGCGGCGCCGAGGCCGCCCAGCGCCAAGCAGCAGAAGGAGGAGAGCAACAACCAGGAGAAGGAGAGCCUGCUGAGGGCCGGCGGCGAGGCGGAGGACGGCGGCGAGGCGGGCGGCGCGGGGCGCCGGGAGUUCAUCGAGGCCCCGCCGCCCAAGGUGAACCCCUGGACGAAGAACGCGCCGGCCGUGAACGGGCAGUCGCCUCCCGAUAUAUUUCCAACUGAUGGCCAGUCUGAACUUACAACUCCAGCGAAAGUGGUGAGGGCUGCCAACCCGAGACAGAGGAAAGGAAGCAAGGUUGGUGACUUCGGUGAUGCCACAAAUUGGCCAACACCUGGAGAAAUAGCCCACAAGAGCGUCCAGCAGCCACACAAAGCACCGUCCCUUCGGAAGCUGCCUGUCAAGAAAGACAUGAAAGAGCAGGAAAAGGGGGAUGGGAGUGAUGGCAAAGAGAGCCUGAAAACCAAAUCGGAUGAGUCUGGGGAGGAGAAGAAUGGUGAUGAUGACAACCAGAAGUCAGCCCAGAAGAAAAAAGGCAACAAACACAAGUGGGUCCCUCUGCAGAUAGACAUGAAGUCAGAGGUGCCUAGGGACAAAACGGCCUCUCGGAACAACCGGCAGAACGAGCAGCACAGGCACCCCUCCAACAACCGCAGCGAGCUCAAAGGCUGGCACCCCGACAACAAGCACGAGCGCAGCUGGCAGGACCACGACGAGACCUCCAGCGUGAAGAGCGAGGGAGGAGCCGUGCGAGGAACCUUCCGGGGCCGAGGCCGCGGCCGGGGCAGGGGCCGUGGCCGUGGCAGAGGAGGGCACUUUGACUACCAAUAUGGAUACCGGAAAUUCGAGGGCUCGGACGGCUCCCGCACCCAGAAGUACGCCAGCAACAUCACCUACUACUUCGACAACAUCAGCAGUGCCGAGCUCUACAGCGUGGACCAGGAGCUGCUCAAGGACUACAUCAAGAGGCAGAUAGAAUAUUACUUCAGCGUGGACAACCUGGAGCGGGACUUCUUCCUGCGCCGCAAGAUGGACUCGGACGGCUUCCUGCCCAUCACGCUGAUCGCCAGCUUCCACCGCGUGCAGGCGCUGACCACCGACAUCAGCCUCAUCAUCAAGGCUCUGAAGGACAGCAAGGUGGUGGAAAUCGUAGAUGAGAAGAUAAGGAGAAAAGAGCAGCCAGAAAAAUGGGCUCUGCCUGGCCCUCCUAUGGCAGACUACACACAGACAGACUUCUCACAGUUCAUCAAUUGCCCUGAGUUUGUGCCCCGGCAGAGCUUCCAGAAAGAGACUGAGUCUGCUCCAGGCUCCCCACGUGCUGCCAGCCCAGUCCCCACCAAAACAGAGGAGGUCAGUAACCUGAAGACAAUGCCCAAGGGCCUGUCUACAAGUCUGCCAGACUUGGAUUCAGAGACCUGGAUUGAAGUGAAGAAGAGACCCCGCCCUUCCCCAGCCAGGCCCAAGAAACCAGAGGAGUCAAAGACACCACAGCAGCAGAAGCAAAAGGACCAAGAUGAACCCGAGGAGCUCGACUUCCUCUUCGACGAGGAGAUGGAGCAGAUGGAUGGCCGCAAGAACACCUUCACCGACUGGUCAGACGAGGACUCGGAUUACGAGAUCGACGACCGCGACGUGAACAAGAUCCUCAUCGUGACGCAGACCCCUCCGUACCUGCGCCGCCAUCCCGGCGGGGACCGGACUGGCAACCACACCUCCAGGGCUAAAAUGAGCUCGGAGCUGGCCAAGGUGAUCAACGAUGGGCUGUACUACUAUGAGCAGGACCUGUGGACAGAGCAGUUUGAGCCAGAGUAUUCUCAGAUCAAGCAAGAGGUGGAGAACUUCAAGAAGGUGAAUAUGAUCAGCAGGGAGCAGUUUGACACCCUGACCCCAGAGCCCCCCGUGGAUCCAAACCAGGAAGUCCCUCCUGGUCCCCCCAGGUUCCAGCAAGUACCUACAGAUGCUUUGGCCAACAAGCUCUUCGGAGUCCCUGAGCCCUCCACCAUCGCCCGCUCUCUGCCCACGACCGUCCCAGAAUCGCCCAACUACCGCAACGCCAGGACCCCCCGCACGCCGCGCACGCCGCAGCUCAAGGACCCGACGCAGACGCCCCGGUUCUACCCAGUGGUGAAAGAGGGCAGGACGAUAGAUGCCAAGACUCCGCGCAAGAGGAAGACGAGGCACAGUUCGAACCCUCCGAUGGAGUGCCACGUGGGCUGGGUGAUGGACUCCAGGGAGCACAGGCCCCGGACUGCCUCCAUCAGCUCCAGCCCCUCGGAAGGGACCCCGGCCGUCGGGAGCUAUGGCUGCACCCCGCAGUCCCUGCCCAAGUUCCAGCAUCCCUCGCACGAGCUGCUCAAGGAGAACGGCUUCACACAACACGUCUACCACAAGUACCGGCGGCGCUGCCUUAACGAGCGAAAACGACUGGGCAUUGGUCAGUCCCAGGAGAUGAACACGCUUUUCCGCUUCUGGUCCUUCUUCCUCCGAGAUCACUUCAACAAGAAAAUGUAUGAGGAGUUCAAGCAACUUGCUGUGGAGGAUGGGAAGGAGGGAUACAGGUACGGUCUGGAGUGCCUUUUCAGAUACUACAGCUACGGGCUGGAGAAGAAAUUCCGGCCAGACAUAUUUAAGGACUUCCAAGAAGAGACCAUCAAGGAUUAUGAAGCUGGGCAGCUCUAUGGGCUGGAAAAGUUCUGGGCCUUCUUAAAAUAUUCCAAAGCCAAAAAUCUGGACAUUAACAGCAAACUGCAAGAAUACCUCAGCAAGUUCAAGCGCCUCGAGGACUUCCGAGUAGAUCCACCCAUGGGGGAAGAAGGUGGACACAAGAGAUACCCUACGACGUCCGGGGGAGAUGGCAGGAAGCGCUACCCAUCCCAGUCUUCCAGCAAAACGGUCAGCCAGUGCCCAUCCAGCCAAGCCCACGCCUCACCCAGCCAGCCUGCACAAGAGGAUGCCAAAAACCUGAGCCAGCAAUCCCCUGCCCCAUCAGCUGCAGAGUCGCAGACAGUGGGGAAGUAGAGAGGCUGCAGCGUCCGCUUCCUGCCGGGGGUGGGGUGGGUUGGUGGGGAAUGGCUCAGAGAAGAGCAGACAUGAGGGGGUGGGACAGGAAAGGAGCUGCAAGGUGGGUUCCCAGGAAUAGGCUGCUUGGGAGAAACUUCAACGCACACGAUUUUCUUCUCUUGUGGCUGGAAAGCAAAGAC